GGCCCAGUAUUAAUGCGCCCUCCUCCCCCACCCCGGUCGCCGGCGUCCCGGUGAUCUCGUCUCACUGCACGUAGCAAGAAAGUAGGAGGAAGUGUAAUUGGUAGUGGCUGGUGCUUGCUAGGGUCGGUUAGGCUUUGGACGUACGUUGACGAGGGGAGACGGGAUGGAGAGGAAGGGAGGGUGCUGCCUCGCGCCGAGGUACGGCGGCGCUGGCGCCAGGGGGCAGGCGGGCAUGGCGUGGCAGAUGGGGAGGAUUAUGCUCAAGUUCCGGCCGAUAGCGCCCAAGCCGGCGGCCGUGGCUCCUGCGCCGACGCAGACGCCGACACCGGCGGCGGCCGCGGGGGCGGGGAGGGGGAAGCGGAAGGCCGUGGGCAGGGGAGGAGGGAGGAGAGGGCGGAAGCCCAAGAAGGCGGCGACGGUCGCGCCGGUGACCGCUGCGCCUGCGGCGGUGGGGCAGGAGGUGAGGGACAGGAAGGACAGCGAGAAGGAGAAGUCUUUGUCGUCGCGGUCCUCGUCCUUAUCGGGGAUAACGUCCGUCGACUCGUCGCCGCCUCCGCCUACGCCGCAGCCGCAGCUGCCGGCCACGCUGCCGCUCAUGCCCGUGUCGCCGGUGGUGAAGAAGGUUGCUGCAGCGUCGGAGCAGCAGGCGCCGGUGGUUGCUCUGGCACCCGUGCACACCGUGGGUGGACAGGUCGUGCCUUCGCGGGCGCCGCAUCCGGCGGCGGCGCUUUCUUGGGUGACGGUGGAGGCCGUGUCAUCUACGUGGCGCGACGGCGAGGCGCCGUCCGCCGCCACCGCGGCGUGCGCACCGUGCGGCGGGGACGACGAUGCUCUGGCGUUCAUCUCCGAUCAGUGGGGCCGCGUGACGUGGAUGAACGCGGCGUUCGCGCGGGCUGUGUCCGCGGACGACGGCGACGAGGCGGGGGCGGGGCUCGCCGGCGCGUUCCCGGCGUGGGGCACCUGCGCGGGGUUCACGUGCCGCGUGCGCGUCAUCCGGCACGCGGGCCCCCGCUGCGGCGGCUCCGUCGUGGCGCCCUGCGACGUGUGGCGGCUGGACGCCGGUGGCUGCUACCUCUGGCGGCUCGAUAUGCAGGCUGCACUCACCCUCGGCGGCUUCCCGUAAGCAGCCAAGCUCAAGCUCACGAGUACGUGUCCCUCGUACGGAGAGACGGUGACGUAUUUGACCGGCCAAACCAAACCAUGCAUGAUUACUGUUACUGAUCUACGUUAUGAUUGAAUCGGUGUAUGUGUAUUACUAGCCUGGUCGAGCUUAAUUAAUCAUGUCGUAGCCAGAUUAAGUAUACCUAUGGGAUAGAUUUUUUUUUGCGAGGAUACCUAUGAGAUAGAUUAGUGAUUAGUUUAGAAGGGGGAGAGAGAGAGUUGCAAGGGUAAGAAAACAAAUUAGGCGAGUGAUCGAUGCUUCUGGAUGUGUAAGCUCCAGUCUCCAGCGUGAAAGAAUCAUCCUCUUCUUUUUUAUUUAAUUUUGUAAGUUUGAUUCUCCCCGAAAUGCUUCGAGACUUGUCGUUGACGUUUCACGGAA